AUGACAGCAAACCCUUCCUUCGAAGAUACGGCGGAUUUUGAAGCAACAGACAGAGGAUUCAUUGCUGCGCUCGAUGACGGCAUCAUUAAGAAUGAGAGUGGAAAGGUGGUGUGGGAUAUCAACGCAUGGGACUUUAUGAAGGGUGAAUGCCCCUCCACCGCGAACCCGAGCCUCUGGCGACAGGGUCAAUUGAACUCCAAGCACGGCCUGUACGAAAUUUGCGAGGGCAUCUACCAUGUCCGCGCAUAUGACUUGUCAAACAUGACCAUUGUCGAAGGAAAAGAAGGAAUCAUUAUUAUCGACCCGCUCGUUUCCUGCGAAUGCGCCGCUGCCGGCCUCGCCCUCUACCAAAAGCACCGCGGCCACGGCCGGAAGGUCACCGGUAUGAUCUAUUCCCAUUCCCACGGCGACCACUAUAUGGGAGCUGCGGGAGUGAUCGACGCAGACACAGAAAUUCCCAUUAUUGCACCCGAGGGCUUCCUCGAGGCUAUUAUGAGCGAGAGCAUUCUUGCCGGUCCAGCCAUGCGCAUGCGCGGCGCACGCAUGUAUGGUAAUGCGCUGCCUCGGAGUCCAACGGGCCAGAUCGGUACUGGUCUUGGAAUGGGAUCUAGUGUUGGAACUACCAGUUUGAUCCCGCCGAAUCUCCUGAUCCAGGAGACUGGCGAAACCCAUGUCAUUGAUGGUGUUAAGAUCGUUUUCCAGAUGGUACCCGGUUCCGAAGCUCCAGCGGAGAUCAACUUUCACUUUCCUGAUUUCAGGGCUCUCUGUAUCCCCGAAACAGCGACAAACUGCAUGCACAAUAUUGUUACAUUGCGAGGCGCCCAGGUGCGCGAUUCGAAGGCGUGGUCGGGAUACCUGGAUGAGGCAAUUGUGAUGUUUGGAUAUGAUUCAGAUGUCGUUUUUGGUAGUCAUAACUGGCCGACGUGGGGUCAGAAAGAGCUGGUGACCCGCCUAGAGGAGCAACGAGACUUAUAUGGGUAUAUGCAUGACCAAACAGUGCGAUUGAUGAAUUUGGGAAAGACUGGUGUUGAGAUUGCCGAAACUAUGGAAUUACCACCAGCUAUCAAUCGGGCCUGGCAUUGCAGAGGCUACUAUGGAUCGCUGAGCCAUAAUGUCAAGGGAAUUUAUCAAAAAUACAUGACCUGGUUCGAUGGACGCCCCGAACACCUGUGGCAGUACCCCCCAAUCGAAGAAGGACAGCGCUAUGUUGAAUGUUUUGGCGGUGUUGAUGGUCUUUGCGACAAGGCCGAAACCUUCAUCCAGAAGGGGGAUAGCCGGUUUGCGGUAACUCUUCUAGCACACGCUGUGGCGUCAGACCCCGAAUCUCCAAGCCCCCGCGCCAAGAUUCUUCUAGCCUCGGCCUAUGAAGCUCUGGGAUUCGGUGCAGAGAAUGCAACUUGGCGCAACUUUUAUUUGACCAGCGCCCAAGAGCUUCGCACAGGAAAAGCUCCUGGUACCAUCGCCGGUGGACGGACAGCGCUGGGUGAUCAACUUAGUAUCGAUCAGUGGUUUGAGAUUCUGUCUGUGAUGUUGAAUGGAGAGAAAGCUGCCGAGUCUUCGUUUGUAAUCGACUUUGAUGUGAUGGAUGUGAAGCAAAAGUGGAGAAUCAUUGUGAACAAUGGUGUUCUGACGAGGCGGCUGUUGCAGACAUCACACCAGCUGCGGAAUGCACAGGAGAUGGUCGCUGACCUUUCCAUGGUUCUCACAAGGGCGCAGUUAUUGGAUGUUAUUCGAGGUAAUGAGGUGGAUGUAGAGACAAAGGGCAGUGUUCAUGCACUAAAGCAGCUUCUUGACUUAGUUCAUGUGCAACAGGGCUCUGCUCGUGGACCGGGUCAGCUGUGA